AUGAGCCAGGUGGGUUUCUACGGCUACAUCCCUACAUCAGACGACGACGUCUUCCAAUGCCGAUCAGUAUGGGACCGCCGACCAGCAGUGACAGGCGCCCCGGACUUUCUGGAAACAUACAACGUCGAUGAACGCCGUUUAUCCGAUGUCACCACCACGGCUGCCCAGCGCUGGAUGGAAGUUGUCGACACUGCUAGAUCCUUUUCCCAAACCAAGGAAGACGGCUGGAGGCACCUGAGCUCCGCAGACUGGAAAAACAUCUCGCACGACCUCUUCUUCCACCACUACCCCCAAUCCCACACCUGGCUCCUCCGCAACCUCACAACCUCAGAAUUCAUCCGCUCAGACAAACUCCAGCCCUCGCCGCGCAAAUCCUCAGACAACACCCGGCCGAAACUUCCCUCCCGGCCCUCCACGUUCACAAAGAUGCUCAAACCAUUCACCUCGGAGAAAAAGAGCGCGAAAGAGAAGCCCGCCGCAACACUCGGCCCCCACCCAGACGAAGUCUUCGACACAAGUCCAUUGUCAUUCGCGCAAAUAUUGCUCGUCCUAACAGCCCACUCUGACCUCCCCUCCCACCACGAACUCCCCUUCGCCUUCCACGACGGCCGCUGGCGAGGCCACGCCUUCGACCUCACGCCUCUCUCCGAGCACCUUUCCUCCACGCAACCCGACGACUGGGCCGACGUGUCUGACCUUGCCGUCGACGACGUGGCUAACCUAAGAUACUGGGUGCACCAGCUAGCCGGCGACGGGGACACGUGUCCAAAGAGUCUAAGGCCGCAUGUCGAGGCGGAUAGGAGUAUGUAUCAUAAUUGGGAGGGGUUGGAGGCGGGGUUGGUGGGGGAGGCCGAGGGGAGGUGGGUGCUUAAGAGGCCGGUUGAGAGGGGGUGA